AUGGUCUUGUGUGGAGUAGGAGAGGUAUCGACUGCGGGACCUCAAGCUAGCAGAACGGGAUCACUGAGAGGAACAGAUAGGAAGAGAAACGCUGAGCCAAAAAAUGAACAAGAUCGAAACAUAUUCACGAUAUUGGGCCAUGAUGGGAAGAAGUUGUAUGAGAAUAUCGUUGAAGCUACAGAGGAAUUCAACUCCAACUACUGCAUUGGCGAAGGAGGAUAUGGAACUGUUUAUAAAGCAGUGAUGCCAACAGAACAGGUGGUUGCUGUGAAGAAACUUCACCGGUCACAAACAGAAAAGUUGUCCGAUUUUAAAGCUUUUGAAAAGGAAGUUUGCGUGUUGGCAAAUAUUCGACAUCGAAAUAUUGUGAAAAUGUAUGGAUUUUGCUCACAUACAAAGCAUUCUUUUUUGGUUUACGAGUUCAUUGAAAGAGGAAGCUUGAGAAAGAUUAUAAGCAGUGAGGAACAAGCAAUUGAGUUCGAUUGGACGAAAAGGCUAAACGUUGUGAAAGGGGUGGGUGGAGCUUUAUCCUAUCUACACCAUUCUUGCUCUCCUCCGAUCAUUCAUCGAGACAUUACCAGCAAUAAUAUCCUUCUGGAUUGGGAAUAUGAAGCACGCGUCUCCGACUUUGGCACAGCUAGACUGUUGAUGCCUGACUCAUCCAAGUACUGGACCUCAUUUGCAGGUACUUUUGGAUAUACUGCUCCAGAGCUAGCUUACACAAUGAAGGUGACUGAAAAAUGCGAUGUCUAUAGCUUCGGAGUGGUAACAAUAGAGGUGAUGACAGGAAGGCACCCAGGCGAUCUCAUUUCAGCACUCUUAUCACCAGGAUCUUCCUCGUCAUCAUCGAUGCCACCGAUUGCUCAACAUGCACUAUUGAAGGAUGUGUUAGACCACCGCAUCUCGCUUCCUAAAAAAGGAGCAGCAGAGGGCGUUGUCCAUAUGAUGAAAAUUGCACUUGCAUGCUUGCAUGCCAAUCCUCAAUCUCGGCCUACAAUGGAAAAAAUUUCUUUCGAGCUUACAACUAAGUGGCCUCCACUGCCUAAGGCAUUUUGCACAAUACGUUUGGGAGAUCUCUUCUCAUAGUGUAUAGCUAGCUACUUCUAUUCGAUUAUCAAU